ACUAGUGACGGUCACUUUGUUAUUUAUCAUCUGAUUUAUUUGUAAACAAUUGUAGACAAUUUAAUAGUUUAUACAGAAUUUAUAGAAAUUAUCGAGAUUAUUAAUACAAUAAAAAUUAUUAUUUCACUUUUAAAACCAAAAGCCAUACAGAUCAGUUUUUAAGCACAAGACAAUGUUUAAAAGAGCCAAGCCAAAAGUAGAGCCUCCUCCAAUAGCUCCAACUGUAGAGGAGAUGCUGGCGGACAUGGAGACCUUUGAGGUCAACCAGUCACCAAUAGGCGGUCCUGUGGAUAACUCAGAUUUGGAGCACGCUCUUCUGACGGAACCAGAGAACCUUUCGCUUCCAACUUGGUGGCAAGUUUUCGACGAAUACGAUCAGAAGGUUAAGAAACUGUCGGAUACAGAGGGAAAUCUUGAUGUUCAUAAAAACCAACUCAAAGAAUGCUACGCCAAGCUGGAAAAGAAUGCAGAGAAAUUAAAAGACGGCAUCAAAAAGCAGCAGGCGCUUGCCAAAGAAGCUCUUAAAUGUUAAUUAGGAAUAUUAAAAACGCUUUGAACUGAA